UGAGUAUAUAGCGAGGUAGUGAGCGCGGCGGCAGCUGUAGUGACAUGUUCCCAGCCGCCACAGGCCGCUUACCAUGACGGAUCCUCGCCAAAUACACGCAAUAGAAAGUGAAUGUAAACAAUUAGAAGUCAGUGACGCAUGGAAUCAAGUGUACCAGCGGAUACGGAGUGAAGGAACUUUUGAUUUGCCUUGCACAGAAGCCAAAGCACCAGGCAAUAGAAACCUGAAUCGAUAUAGAGAUGUCCUUCCAUAUGAUCACUCCAGAAUUAUUCUAACUGACAGCAGUACUAAUUAUAUCAAUGCUUCUCUUGUUAAGGUAGUGUGUGUGAAUCGGUCAUACAUCUUGGCUCAGGGUCCAUUAUCACAUACUACACCACAUUUCUGGCUGAUGGUAUGGCAACAGAAGGUUAAAGGUAUCAUCAUGCUCAACAAAAUUAUUGAGAAAAAUCAGAUAAAAUGUCAUCAGUAUUGGCCUCUGGGGGAAUGUGAUGGAGGUGAAGAUACUAUGGUGUUUUCAACAGUUGGCCUCAAGGUCGAUCUCCUAAAUGUCAGUCAUCAUACACAUUACAAUUAUAGUACACUUAGAUUAACAGAAAUAUCAUCAGGAAACAUUCGCUUAAUCUUACAUUUUCAUUACACAACAUGGCCAGAUUUUGGUGUUCCUCAAUCACCUGAAGCAUUUUACAAGUUCCUAAAUGUAGUACGAGCUAGUGGUGUCUUAGAGCGAGAUGUUGGGCCAUCUGUUGUUCACUGUUCGGCUGGAAUUGGUCGUUCUGGAACAUUCUGCUUGGUUGAUACCAUUCUCAUGAUGCUCUCCAAAGGCCUUUGUGGUUCUGGUCAGGGCAAGGUGGUUGAAGUAUUGCUGGACAUGAGACGGCAGCGUAUGGGGCUUAUUCAGACUCAUGAUCAGCUAAGGUUCUCUUAUCUGGCAAUUGUCUAUGGGGCACAUAAACUCAUUGAGAUGAAUGACAAGGAUCCUUGUGAAGAAAGUAGCAGUGAGGAGCCGUCCUUGGCAGAUGAAUUACCUCCACAGCCUCCACCUCGCACAGAUUCACUCACACGUUCUAUGAUUGAGAAUCAGCUUGCGAAUGAGCUUCAGGAUGGCAAUGGUUCAGACACUGCACCUGAAGAUAAUACUGAAGAUUAUGAAGAGGAAGAUAGUUCAGGAUAUGUUCCAAUCCGACCAUUGCCAGCAGAACCUCCCACAGAUGGCUCUGGGCAUGACACAACCCUACCAACAAAUCCAGAUCAUCAUAAUGCCUUGUCCAAGGAAAAUGAUGUUCGACGACGAAAACAACGGGAACGAACAGCAGCAACUGCAGCUAAAGUCAAGGCCAUGGUAGAAAAACAACGAGUCAAUGAGUUUUGGCAAGAGAGAAAGAGGUUAAUAAUGCGACCAGUUUCCCUGUGUGUUGCCUUUGUUGUACUUGGUUUGGGAGGAGGAGCUCUCUUUUAUCGAUAUUUUCAUGCAUAAGAGAAACUUUAUUUUGCUUACGGGUACAUUAGUAAUACCACCAUCUUGAAUGUUAUUCUUGUAUUACUUAUUUUGUAUUUAUAUGAAAAUGCAAAGUGGUCCUAUUAAAUUUGUGCCUCUAUAGUUCAAAGGUGGAGGUUAAUGAAAAGAUACACAAUAUUCUGAGUUCCAACAGCUAAUCCUGGACGAUAAUCAAGUUUUGGGAUCGAUUUGGAUUUACUGAAUUUAUUUUAUAUUUUGAGAGGUUUAAGCCGUAUUUUAAAAACCUUUCAUUGGAAGUGAUAAUCAUUAUUGCACAUGUUAUGAAGCUUCCUAACUUAAUCUUUGGGUGUCUGUCUGUAAAUUAAUUUGUUUAACAACAUAUCUUUUGAGGGUUUGUAGUUAAGUACAGUACACAUGAAAUCUCUUAGUGACUCCUAUUUAAUUUUUCCUCUGUGGUUAUCUUUUCAUCAACUCCAUUUUUCUAUUUUCAUGUAUAAUCACUCCUUCCUAACAAACACACAACACACACAUGCAGUUGGAGCAAUUUAGGUGAGAAGGUGGUGGAGGCCAAGACCGUCAGUAGUUUCAAAGCGUUAUAUGACAGAGUGCUGGGAAGAC